CAACUUGUCGACAAUUUGGGUUCAUCACUUUCGCUGGAGUGGAUAAGAGGUGCGUUUCACAAGGCAGUGCCGGGGCUUCCUCGCAAAACCUCCACACAAAUUUAAUAGAGAACUCAGACAACGACCAAAAAGGGAACUGACCGAGGAAAGCGAUGGGCGGUCUUGUACGAACAGCGCUGUACGCGUGUGGUGUUCUUCUGCUGGUAAACUUCGCAUCCUGUCGCAAGACAAAAGGCAGUAAGUCAACGAUCGCUCCCUAUAAACCGACUACCAAAGGCACCAAAGGCACCCCGGCAGAGAAGACUUUAUCAGCGAAGUGGAGUACGGUGACGUGCCACCAGGUGUCCGGUACAUGCAGCAGCUCCUGUGGUAGAGGAAAGGUAGAGCUUCAUGGUAUCGGAGGGUGCAUAACCGGCGUCUGUUGUGUCGACAAAGACGAAGGACCCUGUAAAGGAUACUGCGGAGGAAAUUGCCUGAGCUCGAAAUACGUGGAUAAAUACUGCACACAGAAAGGUUACGUCGCAUUGAAUGAGUCCGUUUGUGUGGACAGUUCUAAAACAUGUUGUGUACCAAGUUCCACAAAGGCAGAAUGCAGCAAUAAAGAUCACUGUGGACCACCACCCGUAGUGGCGAAUGCUGAAACGUCAAGCACGUUGUCGUCUGCUCAUGGUUCCGUGCUACGAUAUCAGUGUAAGAGUGGCUUUGCUGACAAAGCUGAAUCCUCCAGGUUUUACCGCUACAAGCACCGCGGUGCUUAUUACUGCAGAGACGGCGCCUGGAUAAGCUACAUGCCUAUCAAUUGUCAGCAAAUUUGUCAAAAACCCCCCACGUUAGCCAAUGCCGUUGUUUCUGGAGCACCUCUCAGCGCAGCUAAUAUCUUCCAAGACGACACUGUGACUUAUUCGUGUAAAACUGGAUAUGCCCAAAAUGGCGGAUCUGCUAUCAGGACCUGUACAAAUGGUGCUUGGAAGGGGAGUGACAUCGUAUGUCUACGUCCCUGUGGACCUCCACCCGUAGUGGCGAAUGCUGAAACGUCAAGCACGUUGUCGUCUGCUCAUGGUUCCGUGCUACGAUAUCAGUGUAAGAGUGGCUUUGUUGACAAAGCUGAACCCUCCAGGUAUUACCGCUACCGCGGUGCUUAUUACUGCAGAGACGGCGCCUGGAUAGGCUACAUGCCUAUCAAUUGUCAGCAAAUUUGUCAAAAACCUCCCACGGUAGCCAAUGCCGUUGUUUCUGGAGCACCUCUCACCGCUGCUAAUAUCUUCCAAGACGACACAGUGACUUAUUCGUGUAAAACUGGAUAUGCCCAAAAUGGCGGAUCUGCUAUCAGGACCUGUACAAAUGGUGCUUGGAAGGGGAGUGACAUCGUAUGUCUACAAAUUUGUCAAAAACCCCCUACGGUAGCCAACGCCGUUGUUUCUGGAACACCUCUCACCGCUGCUAAUAUCUUCCAAGACGACACAGUGACUUAUUCUUGUAAAACUGGAUAUGCCCCAAAUGGCGGAUCUGCUGUCAGGACCUGUACUAACGGUGCUUGGGAGGGAAAGGACAUCGUAUGUCAGCGAAUUUGUCAAAAACCUCCCACGGUAGCCAAUGCCGUUGUUUCUGGAGCACCACUCACCGCUGCUAAUAUCUUCCAAGACGACACAGUGACUUAUACGUGUAAAACUGGAUAUGCCCAAAAUGGCGGAUCAGCUGUCAGGACCUGUACAAACGGUGCUUGGAAGGGGAGUGACAUCGUAUGUCAGCAAAUUUGUCAAAAACCUCCCACGGUAGCCAAUGCCAUUGUUUCUGGAGCACCUCUCAGCGCUGCUAAUAUCUUCCAAGACGACACAGUGACUUAUUCGUGUAAAACUGGAUAUGCCCCAAAAGGCGGAUCUGCUGUCAGGACCUGUACAAAUGGUGCUUGGAAGGGGAGUGACAUCGUAUGUCAGCAAAUUUGUCAAAAACCUCCUACGGUAGCCAACGCUGUUGUUUCUGGAGCACCUCUCACUGCUGCUAAUAUCUUCCAACAUGACAAAGUGACUUAUUGGUGUAAAACUGGAUAUGCCCAAAAUGGCGGAUCUGCUGUCAGGACCUGUUCUAACGGUGCUUGGAAGGGGAGUGACAUCGUAUGUCAGCAAAUUUGUCAAAAACCUCCCACGGUAGCCAAUGCCGUUGUUUCUGGAGCACCUCUCAGCGCAGCUAAUAUCUUCCAAGACGACACAUUGACUUAUUCGUGUAAAACUGGAUAUGCCCAAAAUGGCGGAUCAGCUGUCAGGACCUGUACUAACGGUGCUUGGAAGGGAAAGGACAUCGUAUGUCAGCAAAUUUGUCAAAAACCUCCUACGGUAGCCAAUGCUGUUGUUUCUGGAGCACCUCUCAGCGCUGCUAAUAUCUUCCAAGACGACACAGUGACUUAUUCGUGUAAAACUGGAUAUGCCCAAAAUGGCGGAUCAGCUGUCAGGACUUGUACCAACGGUGCUUGGAAGGGAAAGGACAUCGUAUGUCAGCAAAUUUGUCAAAAACCUCCUACGGUAGCCAACUCCGUUGUUUCUGGAGCACCUCUCAGCGCUGCUUAUAUCUUCCAAGACGACACAGUGACUUAUUCGUGUAAAACUGGAUAUGCCCAAAAUGGCGGAUCUGCUAUCAGGACCUGUACAAACGGUGCUUGGAAGGGGACUGACAUCGUAUGUCUACAGACUUGUAGCGACCCCAGGAAGCUCUCCAAGUUAAGAUUCUUGACAAAAUCUACACUUUUCAAAGAAGGAGAUACCGUCAAAUACAUGUGUGAAUACCAGCCCGGGACAACGGCAAUGUUACUGUGUUCAGAUGGAGCGUGGGUGCACAGCGGCACCAAAUGUUCUGAAAGAUGCCCAGAACCCCCUACUUUCAUCCAUGCCACUUUAGUAAACAAUAAAACAUACGUAGAAGGCGACCAAGCAGUGUACGUGUGUAAUAAAGGGUAUAUCAACAAAGACGGCUUAAGAACCUUGACCUGUGUUUCUGAAAAAUGGGACGGCAAAGGCAUUAAGUGCACGAAGAUUUGCCCGCAGCCACCACUUUACCAGUUCGCCCAAAUGGUUGAAAAUGCAUCGGCAAUCUACAGCAGCGGGGACUCCGUGAACUACAAAUGUUCGAAGGGCUACGAACCUUCCAACCCCAUCAACGUUAUGUGUACUGACGGCUUUUGGGUCAACCCUUCGAAUAAGACUUGUAAAAGAGCGUGUCCUACGCCACCAUCCAUUCCUGAUACCACAAUAAGUCCCCAAAUCGGAAAAAGCGUUCCCACUGAGGGAGACGCGUUCACGUACAGCUGUGCCUCUGGUUUUGUGUCCACUGGCUCUGAACAGACACACGUUAAAACCUGCCGGGACGGUAAAUGGACCCAGGGUAGCAUUCAGUUUCAGUGCAAAAGGACAUGCCCAUCUCCACCAAAAUUUAAUAACACCAACCUGUUAUCUUCGCCGAGUGCCACGUAUGUUGAAGGCAAGACGGUCACUUACCGAUGCCAGAAAGGACACCAGCACUCUAAAGACCCAGCGGAAAUCCAUCUGAUGACUUGUUCUGACAGUGGUGUGUGGAAGGGAUCAACAUUUAUUUGCAAACGUACUUGUACACCCCCACCAAGUGUCCAGAACACCAACGUUGUGAUGCCGGUGUUACCAAUUGUAGAGGGCAGCAGUGCAUACUACAUCUGUAAAGGCAACUCCGUGCAAGCUGGUGGUUCCUCUAUCAAAACCUGCGUCGGAGGCAGUUGGGAGGGAGUUGAUAUCAUCUGUGAAAAGUUCUGCAGCGGGUUGCCAUAUGCUGAAAAUGCAGACACCUUGAUAGAUCAUUUCCCUGACGGGAAACUAAAAGAGGGUGCUCGAAUAAUCCAUCGUUGCAAGAUAGGCUACAUUAAGGCUGAGGGUGACGAUACAAGAACAUGUACUAAUGGCACGUGGUCAGGAAAAACAUUCAAGUGUGAAAUGAUUACCACCCGUGUAACGUCACCCAAACCGGUGUCUACGGCUCAGAUGAAGACGACUACGACACCUAAGACUGUAGAGACCACGGACACGGGAUCGGGAGCCAUUGCAAACGACGCACUGGUGGAAGAGUACCUUUUGGGUUGAUUUUCAGAGAAAGAAGCAGCAUUCAUUUCAAUACUUAUAUAACAGCUGACAAACUGAAAUUGAAUAAAGGACAGAAUUCCAUUUUCUUUAAGACAUCUGAGUAAAUUCUGAAAUUCAUAAAGUGCUCCCUUUCCUUUUAUCAGACUAAUGUCUAAACGUUUUACGGGGAAUAAUGGCUUAAAUUUUGGGGCUUGUAUAUACACAUACAAUUGUACCUUUAGGAUCCAGGAUGUAUUGAGUUGAAGCAUAUCGAGGAGAUUUUAGUGCGUCAUUUCAGUUUAUUUUCAUUAAAGUGUUUUCUGAAUAAAACAGCGGUGUCGUAAAGAAAACAAUAAGAUAGGAGGAAUUUGAUUUCGUUUCGAACAAUUCCAUUGGUCGGGAAUAUUGGAUAUCUUAUACAAAAUUCUUGCUGUUGUGAUUUUUCACGUUUUCGAAAGUAAAAAACUAAGCAAAAAGAUCAUCCAUUUUCACACUUAAAAACAUUUAGUUUCUGAACCACCUUGUAAGCGACGUGCUUUAAAAUUUCACGCUUCGAUAUGGAUAUCUGAACAUUCAUCAAAACCAAGCAUUUUAAAAGAAUAAAUAAUUAAUGUUCCA